AUGCCAGUUGACAUCUCAGUUGAAGAAGGACUGAAAGAGAGAAUAAAAGACUUGGAGGCAACAAUGACGAGUGUUUGGGAAGACCUACAUUUGGCAUUGGAAGAAGAGGUUUGAAUAUAUAUUUGUUUUAUAUUAUUGGAUUAAAGUGAGUGGUGGACCACAGGUUUAUAUAAAAACAUUAAAACAUAUACAGUAAUUGUGCCCAAUCACAUAUUCUUUUCCUUCUUUUCCAUGGAACACAUAUGAUGGAAAACCUUUAUUUCAUCAAAAAUUAAUAUAGUAAAUUUAAUACUGUUUGUUACAGACCAACAGAGGCAGAGCCAAAUCUCUCAUGAAAAGAUAUAGAAGUCUUACCAUUGCAAGGGAAAACUACCUUACCACAUUACUAAAUGGCUACCAAAAAGAAUGUAAAAAGUUACAGGAUAAAGACAUGAGCAUUCUCACAAAUCAGCAAAAGAGUAGAUUACAAAAUGAGAUGGAAACGUUUAAGAGCCAAUGUGUCAUGGGCUUUCGUAGUGGUGCUCUAAAAGAAGGAGUAAAUGAUGUGCCAACAGAUAUAUUUCAAAACUUUACUACAUCAAUUGCCAAAGAAUGUCCUCUUAUUAAUGAUAUACUGGAAACCUUGAUUGGUAAUAGUAAAAACAUAGAUGUAAACAAGAAUAAAACCAACAAAGUGAAAAUGAAACGUGCCAGCCAUGCACUAGCUGGUUUGGUUGCAUUAGGAAAUCAAAAACUUCCAAAUGACAUUCAGUUACUGUUUGGUCUAUUAUGUUUGUCAUAUGGAGGAGGAAAGCAAUUCAUAAACAUGCUCAAUUCUAUUGGUUUAUGUCUUCACUGGGAUUCACUGUAAGUAUUUGUAUAUCGUAGCAAACUACUGGUUCUUGGACUUUAUUAAACCAUUGAGCCGCAAUGCGCCCCAGCGUGCCCUACUUAUGUUUUUUACUUGUCUAACGCCAGACGACUUUACUCAUCAAUGAGGAAGCCCUGCAGCUUAAUGGGUUAAUAUUACAGUAUUAUGGCAAAUAAUAAAAAAUAUUGAAAUCUUAAUAUUAUCUAUAUAAUAUCUAUAUAUUAUCUGAAACUUAUUAUUAUCUAUUAUCUUAUAUUUUUUUAUUGAAAUCUUAAUUGUCAAUGAUACUUAUUUAAUCACCAUGUUGGUUAUCUCAAUUUUAUGUUAAACUGUGUUGCUUUAUUGGUUCAGUUACAAUUUACUUAAUUUCCAUUGAUUUUCAAAAUUCCUAAUUGAAACAGUUUAGCAAUAUUUCGACAUAUUCCAUGCACUUGUCCCGCACUAUUUGAAUGUCCUUGUGCAAGACUGUAUGCUGAUGCAAUAUUAUCCGCUAGAUUUUGCACCCAUUUAAAAUGUUCAAAAAGCUGUGAUACUAUGGAUAUGAACCAGACAAAAAAUAUAAUCACCAUCUCAUGAGUAAUGCUAUAUCUACUGCAUAGCCUUCAUACAGUAUAUGACUGAUAACAGGGAUUAAUGAGGCCCAGGCAGCUAAGCAUGCAGUAUAUUUAAAUUUAUACCAUAUUUCAAAUAUGGACGCCAAUUCAGUCAAGAUUGUUGUAGAUAGUGGAGGAUGAUUAUUUUGUGAUGUCUUUUAUUAAAUUAUCAUUUUUCUUUUAGGACUAAACAUCUAGAUGAACGUCUUGACAACUUUCAAUCUAUUAUCAAUGAAAAAUUCCCCAAAACAAAACCAGUAAUUCUUUUAAUGGACAACAUCAACAUGUACAAAGGAAAAAAGAGACACUAUAGACUGUUUAAGAAAAUGGGUCCAAAGAUGUGGAAUUUUACAGGUUAGAGGAAAUUAUGAAUAUAAUGAUUGAUGAGCACUAUUUACUAAACAGCUACAGUAGAUAGUAAAUUAAUGUAAUGCACUAAAGAUUUAUUGGAGCCAGUCAAUAUGCUAGGAGUAUUUUAGGUUUGGGAAUCGAGUGAGAGCAAUAGCCAAAUUUAAGGGGUUUUUAAUUUUUUUGGGGGGGGGGGGCGGAAUUCCUCUCUCCUACAAUUACAAACCCAGAUGUCAUUUCCUUACAAUUUUCAGUCUAUUUCCAAGUGAGGGGAUAUAAAAGAUAUAUGGGUUCAACAACUACACCUAUAAGUGCACCCACCCUUACCACUUAGUAACAGUUUAAUAGUAAUAAUGAUAUUCAAUAGAUUCACCCCCCCUCCCCCCUCUUUUUUGGGAGGGGGAAAAUGCUCCCUCCUAUAAUGUAGUUAUUUUCAGAUUUGGGGCAAAAUUCGGGAUUUUUGGGAGGAAUCCUCCCACCCACCCCUCCCCCCCCCCCCACACACACAUGCAAGUAUCCCUGACAUGCAACAUUAACGCAUUGGAGGCAAUUCUGUAACCCUCAAAUCUAUAGAUACAUAGGCCUAACUAAUUGUAUAUAUGUUUACCUGUUUAUAGGACGAGGGGCAAUAGUUGCAAAUGUGGAUGGCUUGGAACAUUUACUUCAGUGUUCAAGUACUGCAGUCCAUUCACAGAUUGAUUUUACAGAUUUAAAAGCUGAUGAUAUUAUUUUAGGUUGGCACAAGUCUUAAAAACAUUUUUGAAAAAUCUUAUUGCAUCAGUUGUAGACGGCUGGCCAAGUCAUCAUUUUGUACAACUGGAUGGCAACUUUUUGUUAGAAGCUGGUAACAGGCAUUUUCUUAUAGUUCAAGCUUUGGUGAACAAGACUAUAUGCGUUACCACUUCUGAUUUUUGCUUUAUAGCCAAAAAUUUGAGAAUAUUUAAAUUUUGCCUAUUAAAUUACUAUGAUCAGAAAAGAUGUAAAAUCUCAUGUUCUCUCACAUGUGGUAACACAUAUAGUCUUAUUCACCAAGGCUUGGACUAUACGAAAAUGCCUGUUACCAGCUUCUAACAUAAAGUUGCCAUCAAACUCUCUUUAGAGGCACUUUUUGCCACCUUGGCCGGCCGACUAUUGUUGUGAUUUGCAGUCACCAUAACUGAAGAUCUGGUUUAAACUUUUAUUUUUAUUUUAAAUUUGGUGAUUACAAACCAUGCGAAACAGUGCAGUUUUACAUGUCUUUGCCAAUUAGUGGGUUAAUAUGUGUCUUUGUUAAUUAUAUUAGACUCCAUGACAGAUCAUAAGAGGAUUUGGUCUGAUUUUUCAAAUGCAUAUACCACAAAGCUGCUCAACUUGGGAUUAAACUGUGUUCCAGUAGCUACAAAGCAGUUUGCGGAGAUGAAUGAGAAUGAGUUUAACAAGUGGUUAUCCAGCAUCAAUUUUGAAGAAUCUGGCAAGUCACCCAGACCAUACAUACUGCAAGAAGAGCCCUUGUCAUCUGUGUUCAAUAUAAGCAGUUCAGUAACGAAAACAGAAACAUUGAUAUUGCCAUUAUCUUUGGAAGAUAACUCAACUUUACCAGGAACUGCCUCCAUUUUUGAAACAUUUGGGAAAGAAUUCAGUAUUCCAUGCAUCCAUAAGGAUGAAAUUUUGGAAUUUGAUGAGAAGACUUGCUCGUUUGAUUUAAAAGGAGCAAGAAACCACUAUGAGUUUAAAGAAAUAAUUUCUUUACAUAAGGAUGAAAUGGCAUUGAUUGAACAGCAGAUUUCUGAUACCUCAAAGCAAUUAGACGAGGACAGUGAUGAUUAUGAUGAUGAUGAUGAGGAUGAAUCCGGGGAUGUUGUUGACAGGGAUGGUACUGAACCUAAGAAGAAUGAUGGUCAACAUAAUGAAGACCCUGGCAAUGAAGGAAGUUCUGCAAUGCAUAUCAAAAGAAAAUAUCUCCAGAAGCAGGAUGCAGUUUUUAAAAAAACUUUCGAUAAGCUGACAAAAAUGAUCUGGGAGGCUGUUCAUGCACAGGAUUCUGCAACUAAACUUGACAUCCUUAUUAGUCGUCUCUCUAAUAACAGGUGGUGGGAAAGGAAAACAGAUCAUUUUAAGCGAACUGUCAUUCACCACGCUAUUGAAUGUAACAAUAUUGUAAUGGUGAGGGUGCUCCUUGCUGCUGGCAUCAAUCCAAAUGUUAAAGAAGGUUGUGGUGCCACCCCUCUCCAUCUUGCUGUACUACAAAAAAACACUGAAUUGUGCAAGCUUUUUGUAGAUAGUUUUGCAUGUAUCAAUGGUCUAUCAUUUUCAUCUAUUCCUAGUCCCUAUGAAAUGGCUAAAUCUAUGAAGUUGAACGACAUUGUUUUAAUAUUUAACGAGAACCUGAAAGAACAAGGAAUGCUAGAACAACAGUUACUUGAGCUGUCAAGUAAAGCUGCUUGUGAUACCAACAGUGAAUGUGAACCUGACCCUGACCAAGAUGAAAAUGAUGAUGAACUGUUUAGUUAUGAUCGAUCACAGUAUUGUGGAUUUCCUACAGCAGUGGUUGGAGAUCAAGGAACCUGCAAGAAUAACAGAAGUGUAAAGCAAAGAGAUCAGUCUGCUUUUAGUUGGGUAGCUGAAAUACCAGGUGACUUACAUGCCAAAGGUCACCUGUGUGAAGCCAUAUUCAAAGCUCAAGGAAAGGGGGGUUUUCAUCAUCUAGUAACAAAAGUCCUGAAACGUCAAAAGCUUACGGAAACUGCGUUUCGUGACAAGAAGUUCCAAGAACAAAACCUUGCGCACAUAAAAGAAGCAGUCCGAGACGGAUCAAUUGCUUAUGGAAUGGCCGCUGUUAUGAUAUUUAAAACGUCCUGCUAUUUUCCAAGUAAAGAGUCACUGCAAAAGUGUCUUCAAAAGAAUGGAAACCAUAAUGAAGUACUGCUUCAUUGUUUUAAGAGUUUCUUAAAUGAAUGCUCAGCCAAAGAUGAAAAUUUCAAAUAUCAUUCAGAGAUGUUCACCCUUUUCGGUCCAUUACUACAAUUGUACAAUGAUGCCACUCGUUUUGGUCAAGGACUAGCUCGUGAGACAGUAUGGGUUCUGCUACUUCCAAUAUUUGCUCAACUGCAAUUCAGAAAUUAUUGGACUGAGGCCAUCGUCCAUGUUGUUAACUUCACUGCAGUUUGGCCACUAGCUUUCCGGGAAAUGAUAAAGAAGAAUUCAUCUGUCAACAUAUCGGGGCAAGUCGGGAAAAACAUUGACUUGGAUGAAUUUGUGGAGACAUACAUUGUUCGACCUCUCAAGCUUUAUGCAUCUGGUAAUUUAAGUAUAUACAUACUUAUUGGUUUUAAAGGCACAGUGUCUGAGCGUUGUGAUUUUAUUGGCACAUAUGUAAUUUGUUAUCAUUCAUCUUAGCGAGUUGAUCAAGCCGUAAGGACCAAGGGUCAAAAUCUAUGAUAACCGCCAGGGAUUUAUUUAAAUUGGAUAUUUAAUAAUGAGCCAUUUUAUCAUUCGCCAUAACUAGUUCUCCACAAUUUUGACAAACGUACUAACGUUAUUGAACUUUUUCAAGUUUGAGUGCACUAAAUCGCAUUGUUUAGCGGAUGACACUGUGCUUUUAAGCUGUUGUUAUAUUAAAUGAAGUUAAUUUAAUCGAAAUUAUCAUUGAAAUAUUUAAAGUAUUACGUAUGUGGUGUUGAAAAACAAAUUGAGAUAUAGCAGAGUUGAUGGAUCGCUGAAUCGUGAAAUAUAAUUAUCGAACUUUUAUGGCAUGCUCAUAAGUCAUUUUCUAAUGAAUAGCUUUUGCUUGAAAUGUCACGCCUAUAUGUACAUACAGUACGUACAUGAGUUGAUGUGCACCUGCAGGGCAUAUCAUAUUAAUGAAUAAUGUUCAUACUGGUUCCAUUUCUGCUUCAUCUCUAGGUCAUUCUUCUGUUAGAACAUGUCAGCGUAUUAUGGCUAAUGUACAGCUAUUUGGAAAUAUACGCCAUGCUUACUCUGGUAAAGAAGCUUUUGAUGUGCACCCAACCAAAAAGCAUAAAGAACAGACUCCUUUUCCUGACCAGCUUAAAGGCAUGUGGUUUUGCCUCCGAGAAGGAAUGUUUGAGUAUGUUGAAGGAAGACAAGAUGCCAUCUCUUUUCCUACAGAAGCUGACAAAGCAAAACCUAUUCGAAAGUCACGUGUAUCUAUUCUUGAGAAAGGUGCUGCAAAAGUGAAAACCAAUUUUUCCAGAAAAUUACACGAUUGCUUUCCAUCGAUGAGGCGAGCCUCUUUUGACCAGGUAACAGAAAACAACACAGAAGAUAAUGUAUAA